AUGAAACCUUUCAAAUGUAAAGAAUGUGGCAAAUCAUUUUCUACACUUUCACAUCUAACUUGGCAAUGUGGCAAAGCCUUUAAUUUACCUUCAUCCCUUAGUCGACAUAAGAUAAUUCAUAUUGGAGAGAAACCCUACAAGUGUGAAGAAUGUGGCAAAUCCUUUAAGAAGUCCUCACACCUUACUACAUAUAACAUAAUUCAUACUGGAGAGAAACCCUACAAAUGUGAAGAAUGUGGCAAAGCAUUUAACUCUUCCUCAUCCCUUAAUAAACAUAAGAUAAUUCAUACUGGAGAGAAACCUUAUACAUGUGAAGAAUGUGGCAAAGCAUUUAACCGGUCCUCAUCCCUUAAUAGACAUAAGAUAAUUCAUACUGGAGAGAAACUUUACAAAUGUCAAGAAUGUGGCAAAACCUUUAAGCAGUCCAUAUACCUUACUAUACGAAAACCCUGA